AUGAGGGCUUUCCCUUUCUUAGUACUGAUCGGCAUCACCUUCCUGGCAUCAGUCCUGGAGAUAACUGCUCGCAAAAGUUACCGUGACGUGUUAACCCAUGGAAGGAAAUUGUUCUUCACCUCUCGGCAUUCUAUCCAUCUACCUGGAUGGCUCCCUGAUAGCAAUUCCUGGGAUGACCAAAUCUAUCCCUCUUGGAGGAAAAACGACAUCCGAUGGAAACACUGUUGGAAAGGUGGAAAAGUAGUAGCUCACUUGACCAACGAUGGACCGACCCUGGUAGGAGCAAAUGUAACCUUUGCUGUCAUGCUCGAGUUUCCCAAAUGUCAGAAAGAGGAUGAUAAUGGCGAUAUAAUAUAUGAUUCAAACUGCAAAAAUGCCUCCUCAUUCUUUCCUGGUCAAUAUGUGUACAACUGGACAUCUUGGAUUGAUGACUAUGGUUGGUUUAACUGCACCAAAUUUACCAAGUGUAAUAUCUUCCCAGAUGGUCAUCCUGUCCCCAGACACACAGAAUGGAGGAGAAAGAACUUUAUUUAUAUCUGGCACACACAAGGUCAAUAUUAUCAACAAACUGGUGGCUCCAAGAUGAUGCUCUCUGUCAAUACAACUAACAUCACACUCGCUGACCACAUGAUGGAGUUGUCUGUCUACCGAAAAAAUCAUCAUGGCAAGAACAAGUAUAUUCCAAUUACAACAGCAAGUGACCCAUACACUGUUACAGACAAGAUUCCAGUUUUCGUGACUAUUUCCCAGAAAAGUAAAUGCAAGAACGAUGAAAAUGUUUAUAUAAAGAAUCUGAAAAUGAUUUUCAAUGUAAAAAUUCAAGAUCCCAGCAACUACCUAAAGAAGGCAGCCAUAACCUACCGCUGGAAUUUUGAUGAUGGAAAUGAGUCCGUUUCAAAAGUCCGAACUACAACUCACAAUUACACAAUGUUGGGGCAAUACACUCCUACUCUGACUGUUGAAGCAAUCAUACCAGUCCCUUGUAGCUCCAUUAAAACAACCACGAUGAGUCCUACUACUACUACACCAAACCCUACAAGUGCUACUGGCUCACCAAUGACCAUGGGUAACACCAACUCUACGAGAAGGCCAAUGCAGUUGGCAAGGAGACGGACUCCCUGCUUAGACUGCUAUAUCUCCCGAUAUGGUUACUUUAAAACAAACAUCACUAUUGUUGAUGGAAUACUUGAAAUGAAGAUUGUGCAGAUGACCAGUGUUCAAGUUGCCACACAACCUCUGGCAAAUUCCAUGGUAGACUUUGUUGUCACAUGCAAUGGCAGUAUCCCGACUGAUGUGUGCACUGUGAUUGCAGACAAAUCAUGCAUGGUGCCAAAGAACAUCAUUUGCGAUCCCAUUAAAGCAGCUGACAUAUGCCAUUUUACCCUUCGUAGAGGAUUCAACCAAUCUGGGAUCUACUGUGUGAAUAUUACAUUAAGUGAUAAUACUAGCUUAGCUGUCGCUAGUACUCUAGUAUCAGUUAAAGGUACAAAUUGUAUAAACUGUCCUCCUCUUCCAAGAGGCCAUUCUUCUUGGACACUGAGGGUGUUGGGAGGGGGUGGUUGUUUUAAACUUACAGGUUCAAGCAAUGCUACAAUACAACAAACCAUCCUAAUACUUGGUGCCUGUCUAGUGAUUCUUAUUAUUGGUGUGACUGGCUUAUUUUAUAGGCGUUACAAAGAAUAUAUACCAGUUAACAGACAGGAGAAUGUGGGCCAAAGACAGAUGGUGGUGAAUGGUGAAAACAGCAGUGUGUAUUUCAACAGCCUGAAGGCUGUACUUUUCACUGCAAGCAAUGAGAAAAGCCCCCUGUUGAAGAAUGCACCUGGAAUCAAUUAAUGGGAGCUCCUUAUUGAAGAAGAGCCCUGGUUGAGCAGUAUUUAACUGCUCGUCUCAGAACCAGUGUUGCUUAAGCAAAUCUCGAUUAUCGAAACGCCCACUUGCAUUGCUUUGACUCCUCUCUGUGAACAAAUGGAUUACAACUUGAAACAUUUGUUCCCCCUCCUUU